AUGCACAAGCUGGGUGGGGGAGGCGGUGACAAAAGCACGGUCAAGGUCAAAUUCGAGAUCACAUUCAAGGGCGUGUCGGGCCUCGGGCCGGUGGGUGAUAAAGAUGGAGCCAGGGAGGUCUACUUGGCGUGGAAGAGAGGAUCGAAGAAGGGCAACCGCGGCGAGACCAAGCAUGCGCCACUCGCUGCGGGCGCCAAAGACGCUGGCGCUGCCCAGUGGAACGAAACCUUCAGUGUCCAGGCCACGAUGCUCCUCUACGAACGCCUCAAGAAAUUUGACAAAAAGCUGAUUGAUGUCACCCUAAAGGAAGUGCAGAGUGGAGGAAAGAAGGCCAAAGAGCUGGGCAGCCUUGAGGUCAACCUCGGCGACUUUGCGGCCAACGGCACAAGCGUCAGCAAGGACUUCAAAUUCUCCAAGAUGAAAGGAGCAAUGAACCCGCUUCUAUCGGUGCACAUCAAGUCGCAGUGGACCAAAAUCAACGGCAAGUUGAUGGUCAAGAAGAGCGGUAGCGGUGAGAGCGGACAGGACGACUAUGACCUGGUCACAGACGACGAAGGUUCCGAUACGUCGGAAAUCUCUGAGCUCGAUACCGACGCCGAGAGCGACACCGAGACCGACGCUUCGGACUCGGAGUGGGGUGAGGAUUCGGACUCAGAGAAGAUUAAGGCGGCCGCCCGCGCCAGGGAGAGCGGCGAGGGCGGGACAGUGAGCGAGAGCGAGGUCGCCGAGGGCGACGAGGCGAACUUGAAGCGGAAGCUGGAGGAGGAGGAGAAGAAGAUGCAGGCCAUGGAGAGCAUCUACAGGAAGCUGCGCAAGCGCGAGAAGGAGAAGAAGAAACUGAUCGAGCUCGCCAAGCGGGACAAAAAGAAACUUGAGGAGGCCACCAAGGAGAACCAGCGCCUCCAGCUCGAGCUCGAGGAGGCCGCGGCCAAGGCAGCUGCCAGCUCGGCGCCCAGGGAGGAGGUCGUCAACGACGCCAAAGCGGCGGAGCAGGCCGAAGCGGUGGAGCGGCUUCAGCGAGAAAGCGACGAGGCCAAGCAGGAGACUGAGCGACUGAGGCUCGAGGUGGACACCCAAGCAAAGGUAGCUGCCGCGCUGGCGCUAGAGGUCGAGGCGCUCAAGAAGGAGGCCGCAGAGGCAAAGAGCGAAGCGGAAGCGAAGACCAGCGCGCUGCAGGAGAAGACCCAGGAAACGGAGCGGCUGACGCGCGAGGCCACGGAGGCAAAGAGCGAAGCCGAGACGGCCAGGAGUGAAGCGGAAGCGAAGGCCAACGCACUGCAGGAGAAAACCCAGGAAGCGGAGAGACUGGCGCGUGAGGCUGCGGAGGCAAAGAGCGAAGCCGAGGCGGCCAAGAACGAAGCGGCAACGACAAAGAGCGAAGCCGAGGCGGCCAGGAGCGAUGCCGAAGCGAAGGCCAACGCGCUUCAGGAGAAGACCCAGGAAGCGGACCGACUCGAACGCGAAGCCGCGGAGGCAAAGAAUGAAGCCGAGGCGGCCAAGCGGGAGGCGGACGAGCGGCGCUCGGGAGCCCAAGAGCAGACGGAGGAGGUCGAGCGACUCCGUCAAGAGGCCGCCGCGGCCAAGAGCGAAGCCGAGGCUGCGAAGAAUGAGGCCGCAGAAGCCAAGGCUGCUAUCGAUGCGGCAAAGAGCGAAGCCGACGCGGCCAAGAACGAGGCGGAAGCGGCCAAGAACGAAGCCUCGAGCGCUAAGAGCGAAGCCGAAGCGGCCAGGAGCGAAGCCGAAGCGAAGGCCAACGCGCUGCAAGAGAAGAGCCAAGAAGCGGAGCGGCUCGCGAACGAGGUCGCCGAGGCAAAGAACGAAGCCGACGCGCGUCGUCAGGAGCUGGAGCAGCUGAGGAAUGAAAUGAACGCCAAGGCCGAGGCCCUCGCCGCUACCAUCAGCGCCGCCGAAGCCAAGGCCAAUGCGGCCCAGCGCGACGCCGAUGCCAAAGCGGAGGAGCUCGAGCGUGCCAAUCGCCUCAAGGCCACCCGCGAGGCCGAACUCGAGGAGAAGAAGCGCGAGCUGGAGGCCCUCCUGCAGCAGAAGAGCGACGGCGACCAGGAGGGCGUAAUCGCUACGAUUCGCGACAGCCUCAAACACAAGGAGGACGAGCUCGCGCAAGUCCGACAGCAGCUCGACGAGAAGGAGAGCACUCUGAGCGAGAGGGACCGACAACUCGCCGAGCUGCAGAAGGCCAAGGACGACGAGCUCGCCCAGGUCCGACAGCAGCUCAGCGAGAAGGACGGCGCGCUGAGCGCCAAGGACCAGCAGCUUGCCGAGCUGCAGAAGGCCAAGGACGACGAACUCGCCCAGGUCCGCCAGCAGAUCGAGGAGAAGGAUGGCGCGCUCGGUGCUAAGGACCAGCAGCUUGCCGAGCUGCAGAAGGCCAAGGACGACGAACUCGCCCAGAUCCGCCAGCAGCUCGACGAGAAGGACGGCGCGCUGAGCGGUGCCAGCGAGCAGCAGGCGGCGGAGCUGCAAAAGGUGAGAGACGAGCUCGCCCAGGCCCGACAGCAGCUCGAUGACAAGGACCGCGAGCUCGGUGGCGCCAGCGAGCAGCAGGCGGCCGAACUGAAGAAGGUCAGCGACGAGCUCGCCCAGGCCCGGCAGCAGCUCGACGAGAAGGAGGGCGCGCUCAGCGCGAAGGACCAGCAGAUCGCCCAACUUCAGGCCACCGCCGGCGAGGAGCUGUCCAGGGUGCGGCAGCAACUCGAGGAGGAGAAGCAGAGCGCACUGGGCGCGCAGGUCGCCGAGCUGCAGAAGCGCGAGCUCGAGUCCGAGCAGCUGCGGGCCAAGCUGCAGGCGGCCGAGGACCAGGUCGCCGCGGCCAACGCCGCCGUCGAAGCCAAGGCCCAGGAGCUGGCCGAAGCCGAAAAGCGCAACCGCGAGAGCGAGGACAAGCUCAAGGCCGCUGCCGCCGCUGCUGCCGUCGUCGUGCCUGUGGCCGCCGCUGCCGUCGUUGCGCCGUCGCCCAAGGGCAAGAAGAAGAACGGCGGGGCGCAGGCCCAGCAGGCGGCCCAGGCCCAGCAGGCGGCCGAGGCAAAUGUGAGCAAGAACGAGCGCAAGAAGUUCAACCGGGAGAUCAACGCGCUCAAGGAGCAGCUCAAGAAGAGGGACGAGCGCGAGCACCAGCUCCAAGCCACCAUCACCCAGCUCGAGCAGCAAACCACGGCGGCGGCCAAGGCUGUGCCACCACAGCCGGAGGCGACCACCACCACGACCAGUUCGAGCGGCACGAGUGGCGAGGAGAGCGCCGAGGACAAGAAGGCGGCCUUCAAGAAGCGACUGGAGCUGCAGCUGCAGAAGACCACCCCCGGCAUGCUGCCCGCCCAACGUCGCCGCGCACUCAGCGAUCCCGACCGAUCGAAUACCGAAGCACCGGUGGAGUCUCGGUCGGAGAUCGUGAGGCCGACUGGUGAGCGAUUGGCGUCGAUGAGCAAGGACAAGCCCAUGCAGACCGGCAAGAGACCGCCGACGCGCGUGGGCGGGAGCCUCAUCAGAUCCCGCAGCAACUCGGAGGAAAGCGUCGCCAAGUUGCAACAGGAACUGUUGGCCAAGGACGAAGAGAUCCGUCAGCUCAAAGAACAGCUGGACGCGUCAUCAGUGGCGGUGGCUGGUGCCAGCGGAGCUGGUACGGCAGUGGCGGAGGAGGAACUGGGCAGGCUGCGCGAUGAGCUGGAGAGCGUGCGUGCGGCCAAGGAGCUCAAGGAAAACGAACUGGAGAGCCGGCUCAGCGCGCUCGACCACGACCUGGCCGAGGAGCGCAAGCGCACCGAGCAGCUGCUCGCCGCCCGUGUGAGCGGCGAGGAGCAGGAGACCGCCCAACGCCAGGCACUCCUCGACACCGAGACCCAGCGGCUCAAGGCCGAGCUCCAUCAGAAGGACGACCAGCUCAAGCUCGCCGCAACCCAGCAGCAGGACAUGCUGCGCGAGGAGGAGGAGAAGGUCAAGGCCCAGGAGGCCGAGCUCGAGCGCCAGCGCGCCCAGGCGGAGGCCCUGCGCGAGCAGCUCGCGGCGGCCGAGGCCGAGACUGGCGCCCUGCGCGAACAGACGCAGACGCUCGAGGCCGACGUCGAAAAGCUGCGCGCGCAGCUCGCCCUUCACGUCGACUCCGACAAUGGCGACCGCGACGCGCAGGCACAGGCGCUGAUCGGCGCGCAGGCCCGCGUGAUCGAGCUUGAGGCCGACGUGCGUGCGAGGGAGCACGAAUGGGACAGCGCGCGCACGCAGCUGCAGACCGAGCUCACGGCCGCCGAGACCCAGCUGGAGCAGCUCAAGGCCGAGCUGGCCGAGAAGGACAGCGUGCUCGCCGGCGUCCAGCUGCGCGUCGUCGCGCUCGAGAACGAAGCCCACGCCGCCGCCACCGCCGCCACCGCGAGCGACAGCCAGCGGGAGGAGAUCGAGCGCCGUGACGACGAGAUCGCGCAGCUCAAGCAGCUCGUCGCCAGCCUCAUGGCCACCAAGGCCGACAACGGCGAGAACGGCGACAAGAAGAAGGGCGACCUUGGUCGCAGCAAUGGCGGCGACGACGAUGGUGAUGGUGGCGAGCUGAAGGCGAAGGUGAAGGACCUGCUGCGCAAGGUGAGGGACGGUAUGCGCAUCGAGAGGGUGGUGUACGGCAACGUGGAGCUGAAGGGCGACGAGAGCGGGGCGAGCGACGACGAUGCGGAGGCGGAAGCGGAGGACAAGUUGGGGAAGAAGGGGAAGAAGGGAAAGGGUCCGGACAUGCGCAAGCGGGCGGAGCAGCUGAUGGACUUCCUCCUGGAGCGCGCUGCGUUCGAGAGCGACGCCGACGGGCUCCUGCGGCAUGUUGCCUCGUCUCUCCGCUCUGCCAUCAACUUGGGCACGGCGGAUAUGGUGCAGCAGUGCGGCUGGCUUUCCUUCGGUACGCACCUGCUGCACCUGAUCAGGAACGACGACUACGUGUGCGACCUCCUCCCCGCCGCCCUCCUCGCCGACCUGCACGACCCCAAGCUCCGCGGCAUCCAAACUGUACCGGCCGGGUCGGCCGCCACAAGCAACGCCGACAGCGGCAGCGGCGGCGGCAAGCCGAAGGGCAAGGGCAAGACAACGUCGCCCCGGUGGAGCGACGACGGGCUCGACAAGAAGGGGCAGAAGGCCGAGGACGCCAACGCCGCCUUCGUGCUGGGCCUGCAGGCCACUGUCCUCACCGUCUACCGCAACAUCCUCGACAGCGUACAGAAGGACAUCGAGCCGUACCUGUUGCCGGCGAUUUUGGCGCAGCCGGCGAGCGUGUUCUCCAACACGUCCGACCGAAAGAGCUCGGCAUCAGCCAAGCUCCACGAGCUGCUCCGAGACUCGCUCAACACGCCGGAAGACAUCAUGCGGGUGCUGGACGGGCUGCUGGAGCGGUUCCGGCAGGCGGACCUCUUCCCGUCCGUCAUCAAGCAGCUCUGCGUGCAGAUCUUCUACUGGCUCGACAUCUCCCUCUUCAACUACCUCGCCAAGACCGACAAUCUGUGCACGUGCGGUAACGGAUUCCAGAUCAAGUACGCUCUGGCCGAGAUCGCCCAGUGGUUCUACCAGCCCUCCGUGACGCCCUACAUCGACUCUGCCACCGCGCGGACGAUGCUGGUGCGAAUCAACGAGGCGGUGAACGUGUUGGUGAUGGACCGCUCCAUCUUCUCCAACGAGAGCAUCGUGCGCGAGGUGUUCCCCACUCUCAACCCCGUGCAGCUCAUGCACCUCCUCGACUCCUUCCGCCCCGACGAGGUAUCGUCGGAGCCGGUGCCAACGGAAGCAAAGCAGUUGCUGGCGCGCAUGGCAGGCAAGGCGCGGAACACGACCAUGUUCCUUCAGUUCGACACCUCUGUGCUGCUGCCCUCCGCCGAGGCGUGA